CAGGGGCCCUCCGGUCUUAAACAGGCGGUCUGCGCCUUUUAGUGACGGGGGACAUUGUAACAUGAGUCGGGAUGAAAACUGUGCUCCGGAUCCGGCAGCCAGUGCAGAUGCUGUUCGCCAAAGACAGAGAGGAGGUGCAUGAUGGAACCCGUCCCGCUGCUGCUCGUCCUACUCUCAUGUUUUCCGUGCGUCUCGGCAGUCUACACCGGGCCCCUCCAACCGGAGAUCUCCAAUGGCACCUUCCACCACUUCUUUGUCCCGGACGGAGAUUACGAGGAGACGGUAGACCCGGAGGACUGCCAGAUGCUGUUUAAAUUCUCGGACGUUUAUCCCUGUGGGGCCUCUGAAGAGAGGGACUCCGUGGUGAGGGACGACUUCAUCAUUUCCAAGCUGCAGGCGGAGGACACGGCGCGCCUGCUGGAGAGCAUCGGCCGCACCGUGACGCACGACCUGGACGGAGAGGACAGCUACGGCAAGUUCCUCCAGAGGGAGAUCUCUCAGAUCGGCGAGGCUUUUUCAGACGUGGACAAGUCUCUGAUGGAGCUGGAGGUAAAGUUUAAAGAAAGUCAGGAAACAGAGUUGAAAGAUGAGCAGCAGCUGAACGGAUAUGUGAUGAAGCAAGUGAGUGACAUCCGGGGAGCUCUGAGGGAGACUACAGACAUCUCCGUGGGGCUGAAAGAUAAACACGAGCUGCUGUCUCUCGUCAUCCGCAGCCAUGGCACCAGACUGAGCCGCCUGAAGACAGAAUUUCUCAAUGUUGGCUCAUAGUGUGCUUAUUGAAAGCUUAGUGUGUGUGUUUGUGAGGGAAUGUGUGGGUGUUUGAGAAACAGACCCUCCAGUUCAACAAACAACUGGAAAGUUAUGUGUGGCUUAUGAAUAAUAUCUUGAAUAUCUCUGACCUUUGGUUACCCACUCCUUGAACAUGUGACAUUGAAGGAAGCUAUAACACAAACAUGAAGGUAUUCCUCUGAGUCAGGAGGGAAAUGUGAACAUCAAUCUGCAUGGAGCCCUCUGUGCCACCUCUCGGGAAGAGUUUUUUUUCUCCAGAAGAGUAUAAAGACUUCCAAGUGUCAGCAUCUAAAUCUAUAGCAAUUGUUUUGUCUGAAUGGUUUAAAUUAUGUUGUGUAUAUACAAUAAAAUUGAUACAAUUUAUGUUUAUUAUUCAUACAAUCUUAAUUUCCCCUUUUACUUUAAAAAAUGUUACUCAUACUUUACUUAUUUGUCCUGAGACACAAACUAUACUUUACUUUUUAAAACAAUCUCCACCUUUUGAAGUUUGAGGUUUACAUAAACAGUAAAAAAAAACAAAAACGUUUGAAAUCUGAACUUUUGAUUUGUCUGUCACAGGUGUAGUUGGCACUUAAAGUGGCAGACCCGACUGUCCCGUUGAGUGGACUUGGUUAACUGACUUCUAAAGUCUAUCAUUGCCUCCCAUUUCCAUCUGGAAGUUAUCUACUGGAAAAUAAAGUAUGUUUGUCCAAGGCG